GAGUCCCUACUGACCCCUGAGAUCCACAGACCUUCCAAACCUUCCAAACCUUCCACACAGGCCAAAACAUGGAUUUGGACACCUUGCAAGCCUUUCAGAAUGAACUCAUCUGCUCCAUCUGUAUGAACUACUACUUGGAUCCUGUCACCAUUGACUGUGGGCACAGCUUUUGCAGUCCCUGCCUGCGCCUCUGCUGGGAGGAAGCCCAAACCCCAACGUAUUGCCCUGAAUGCAGGGGAAUUUCACAGAAGUCAGAUUUCAAAACGAAUAUUACACUCAAGAAACUGGCUUCCCUUGCCAGGCAUGCCAGAGCUUACCAUGUCAACAGCUUCGUGGAGCAGAUUUGUGUGGUGCACAAAGAAUCAAAGGGGCUCUUCUGUGAGGCUGACAAGCGCCUGCUCUGCGUGUCCUGCUCUGAAUCACCAGAACACGUGACUCAUAGCCACUGUUCAGUACAGUGGGCUGCUGAGGAAUACAGGGAGAAACUUCUGAAGAGAAUGGGCUCUUUAUGGAAUAUGACUCAGGAAAUGCAAAACAAUCUGAAUCAAGAAGUUAGCAAAAUAGAGUCAUUUGAGGACUAUGUGGCCUUAAGGAAGGUGAUGAUCAAAGCAGAAUAUCAGAAGAUACAUCUAUUUCUCCAUGAGGAAGAACAACUCCAUCUGGAGACAGUGGCGAAAGAAGCAAAGGAGAUUUUCCGACAACUCAAGGAAAGUGAAUUCAGAAUGACCCAACAGAAAGAGAGCCUGAAAGAGAUGUACAGAGAGCUGACUGAGAUGUGCCACAAGCCUGACAUGGAGCUACUCCAGGACUUGGGAAAUGUAUUGCAAAGGACUGAAUUGGUGGAGGUACAAAAGCCUCAGCCAGUGAACCCAGAGCUCACUCCACAGAGCAUCACGGGAAUCCUAGAUGUACUGAACAACUUCAGAGUGGAUAACGUUCUGAUUCAGGAAGCCACCAAUCAGUACAUGCGCUUUUCUAAGGAUCCUGGAAGUACAUUGCUUGGAGUCGCCCAACGAGACAUAUCUGGAGAGCCCCAGGGUACUGAGAGCUGUGCAGCCCCAGGACCUCAGGUCUUCACCUGCGGUAGGCAUUACUGGGAGGUGGACCUCACAUACUCGCCAAGCUGGAUCUUGGGAGUCUGUAAAGAUUCCUCUACCAGCGAUGCUGAUACUGGUUUUCACCCUGAAGAAGCAUUUCUUCUGUUUUCUCUGAAGACAGACAAUCAUUAUAGUCUUUCCACCAGCUCCCCAACCCUAAUCCAGUUUGUGAAAAGGCCUCUGGGUCGGAUUGGAGUGUUUCUGGAUUACGACAAUGGAACUGUGAGCUUCUAUGAUGUUUCCAAAGGUUCCCUCAUAUAUAGUUUCCCUCCUUCCCCCUUCUCUUUCCCUUUGAAGCCUUUCCUUUGCUUUGGUGCCCCCUGAAAAAUCAAGUUCCAUGAGCAUUUAUUUGAUGAAUUCCCAUGUCUGAGGGGCUUCCUGUCCUGAAACUUUUUCACAGGAGGUAACAAGAGAAUACCAUCUUGGAGCACACUGUGACUUAAGAGACAGAACUGUUACGUGU